UCGUUGUUGGAGAGAGAGCUGCAGCUUUUCACUGUUUAAAUGUUCUUCAUCCAACAGAGACAAACUGCUGGAGGAAAAUAAUUCAUCUGACAGCAAAGAUGCAGUGGAGUCUGAUUCUGCUCUUCCUGAUGGCUCAGUGUUGCUUCAUUGACUGUCAGCUCUAUCAGUUUCACUACAUUAAUGAGAAUAAAACCUGGACUGAAGCUCAGCAGUACUGCAGAGAGAAACACACUGACCUGGCCACAGUGACUAACAUGAAGGACAUGAAGAGACUCAUCAACAUCUCAGCUGGAGAUCAGAGUGAAGCUUGGAUUGGUCUGAUUAGUAAACCAGAAUUUACCAGAACAUGGUUCUGGUCUCUGUCUGGAGCGGAGUUCAAUGAAAGUGAGACAAACUGGAACAAAGAAGAACCAACUAAUGGUGGAUCUGAAAACUGGAGAGCUGCAGCUUUUCACUGUUUAAAUGUUCUUCAUCCAACAGAGACAAACUGCUGGAGGAAAAUAAUUCAUCUGACAGCAAAGAUGCAGUGGAGUCUGAUUCUGCUCUUCCUGAUGGCUCAGUGUUGCUUCAUUGACUGUCAGCUCUAUCAGUUUCACUACAUUAAUGAGAAUAAAACCUGGACUGAAGCUCAGCAGUACUGCAGAGAGAAACACACUGACCUGGCCACAGUGACUAACAUGAAGGACAUGAAGAGACUCAUCAACAUCUCAGCUGGAGAUCAGAGUGGAGCUUGGAUUGGUCUGAUCAGUAAACCAGAAUUUACCAGAACGUGGUUCUGGUCUCUGUCUGGACUGGAGUUCAAUGAAAGUGAGACAAACUGGAACCCAGGAGAACCAUCUGAUAAAGGAAAUCAAGCACCUGAGAACUGUGGGGCUGUGUAUCAAAAUCUCACAUGGCUAGAUCAGGGUUGCCAGUGGAUUGAAUAUUUCCUCUGCUAUGAUGAAACUAAUAAAACCCAUAAAUAUCACCUGAUUAAAGACAAGAAGACCUGGCAGAAAGCUCAGAGUUACUGCAGAGAGAAUCACACAGACCUGAUCAGUGGAACGAAGCGACAGGAUGAAGAAGUGAAGAAAUUGAUGGAAUUUACAAACAGUAAAGCAUAUUUUGGUUUAUUCAGAGACAACUGGAGGUGGUCAGAUGGAAGCAGUUUCUCUUUCAGACACUGGAAUAAUGACUUUAACAAUCCAGAAUCCAACAGUGGUCAAUGUGCCAUGACUGUGUUUAAUGAUGGAGGCAGAUGGAAGAAUAUGAGCUGUGCUGAAAGAAAACCCUUCAUCUGUUAUCAUGAUAAAUUGAUCCUGAUCAAAGAGAAGAUGAACUGGGAGGACGCCUUGACCUACUGCAGAGAUCACCACCAUGACCUGGUCACCAUCACCAACAUGGAGGAUCAGAGAUGGAUCCAGGAGAAAGUCAAGAACGCAUCGACUGAUUAUGUCUGGACGGGUCUGCGCUACACCUGCACUCUUGAUUUCUGGUUCUGGGUCAGUGAUGAGGUGGUCAUCUACAAGAACUGGGCCGAAGGUGAACCGAUGGACGACUGUGACAUGUCUGGAGCCAUGGAGACGAGAGGAGGACAUAAAUGGUUCAAAAGAAAUGAUUCUGACCUGUUUAAUUUCAUCUGUUCUAUGUACUGAAAUCCUCUCUGUGCUUCUUCUUAAAUACUUGAAAUAUUACUUUAGAUAAAUGCAUAAGAUGUUAGUUUUAAUUGAAGUAGAAGGUAACAUUAAGCUUCAACUGCUAAACACUUUAAACAACAUUCUUGGUGCUUCCAGCAGAGACAUGUAUGAUACCUAAUCAAUACAUUCUGUAGAUCAUAUAUAUCUUAGUGAUAAUUAUUUGGUGAUCUGGGGACUCAUUUAUAAAAUAUUGCCAUCUUAGGUAUACUAAAAGUGUGUGUGUGCAUUUAAUUGGUUUCUUUUUCUGUAUCGUCUGCUGUCGAAAUAAACUCAAUAAUAAUACCUCA